AAAUGCAAUUUACUAGCUAAAUAGAAGAAUAAAGUAUGAAUUGUUGGACUGUGUUGGCGAUGAUGAUAAUAACGUGGAUGACAAAGAUGAGAACUGGCAACGGGCUGCAGGAAGUGACGAUAAACGAAGGAAUACCAAUGCCAAUAUCACCAAAAUUUUCUUCUGUCAAUGUUAAUCACAUAUUGAGAUGGGACUACAAUAAUGUGUUUGUGAAUCGAAGCAUUCGUUUUGACGUCGAAAUUAAGAACAUUUUCUAUGAUGGUUGGAUGAGAGAACCAACAUGCAACGGAACCUCUGAAAAAUAUUGUGAAGUUGGAUCUGGUAUACAUGAAUACGAUGAGGGUUGUCCAGAACUAAACUACUUUGGAGAAUUUAGGGGCCGCGUGCGAGCAUGUCUGAUGCUACAAGGAAGUAAAGAAUGUAGUAAGUGGAUGGAAGCUGAAAAAGAUCUCAAAAUUCCGGAAGACGAUCAACUUUCGCCCCCAAAUUUUGAUAUUGAAGGAAUUUUUCGUUCAACUCAGAUGAGAAUUAUUAACCAUCCGAUACUAGUUGAAUAUCUGAACAAAUCCUUGAAUUGUUACCAUGACAAUAAACUUGAAUACAGCAUUAAGUAUUGGGGGACAAACGACACAACUCAAAAAUUACAGGAAGCUUCAGCAAGUUUUGGCAUGGAGUUCAUUUCCUUGCGACUUUUUGAAGAACCCCGCUCGGAUACUGAAUUAUGUGUAGAAAUGACGAUAGUGCACAAAGUAAGAAUGGGAGUUCGGAGUCAGCCGAAACAAAAAUGUUUUGUUUAUGAGAGAGAUACCUUGCUGCCUCCGGAUUUUAAGAUAGACGGCGUGUUUGAUUCCACACAGUUGCGAUUAAUUAAUAAUCCGGUAAUUGACGAAAAUUCAAACAAAUCACUCAACUUUUAUUAUGACAACAAUCUCAAUUACGAAAUAAAAUAUUGGGGAACAAACGACUCAAGCCAACGGGUCCAGGAAUCCCCAGCAAGUUUUGAUAUGGAAUCCAUUUCACUGCGUCUUUUUGAAGAACCGAAGUCUGAAACAGAACUUUGUGUUCAAAUGAGGACCGUUCACAAAGUCAAAUCGUAUGAUAGCGAAUGGAAACUGGAUUGCAUCAUUUAUAACAGAAAUGAUCCCAUAUUGAGCCAAGUCGCUUUAACAGCUAUUGUAACUGGAGGAUGUGCUGCGAUGUUACUCGCGCUUAUUCUGUUAUUUGUCAAGCUCAACAGGGUCUACAAAAAAGUAUAUCCAUCAAAAUUCGAUGUUCCAAACGAUUUGGCUAAUUUGAUGAUGGGGUCACCUGAAAAUAUUACAUUAAAUUCUUCUUCGCCACAUACUGAAAAAAUAGAUGAGUUCGAUCACAUAGUACUAGCUAUAUCGGAAGAAGAGGCAGAUAACGAUGUUUCAACAAAACAGCAUCCAUUUGUAUUGGAUUCGAGGGAAAUUGUUCAUCUGCUUUCGCCGGAAAUUCUGAAAUCAUCCAAUUUAGCAGAAACCCAAAAGCCCAAACGCAGCAAAACAGUCAAUGCCAAUUACCUAGAAAUUACACAUGUAGAUGGUUCUGGAUCUUCAGAUAUUGAAUCAAUUCCGUAUAUUUGCACCUUAGAAGAACCCGUUUCCACAAGCGACUCCACAAGCUUACAAUUCUUUGAAGAGCAUGAAGAUCAGUUUGAAUCCAGCACGCCCGUUGAAAUGCCUGACGGUAAAAACAAUGAUGCGCAUUUUAUGCGUGAGAAAGUUGGUAAUCUAACUACAAAAUGCCACUCAGAGUCUAACUUAUACCAUGCAUUCUUUGAUACAUUGCCUUCCAAUUGUAUUGACAAAUAUUUUGUUGAGCGUUCGAAAAAAUAUCAGUCAUCAAACCGCAUUGACAGUUACUUUUCUGACAGCAGUGUAAUCCCAGAGUAUGCAAAAGUGCGCUUCGUUUAUUGCGAUACAUAUGACUACGAAGUAAAAAAUAGUGACGGCAGAUUGUAUACCACAGUGAGUGAAGCUAUGUUAUCUCGUCAGAAAACACUAAUGAAUCCGCUGAAUCAACUGUUUGUUCCUGGUUUUGACCCAGAGAAGCUAAAACGGUCAAAUUCACACCCCGACAUGGACACUUAUUCUGCCCCUGGAACUAAACAAUCUGUUUCAAUCCAAAGCAUGGAUGAUGAAAGUCAAUACAUAAAAGAAGACAUGGUAUCUGUCACUAACCCGACGUAUAGCUCAAAACCAUCAACCUUCGAUUUUAUUGAUAACGUCCAACCGCAGCAGGUAAUCGAUAACAUCCAUUCUUACGGAAAUUUCAACGCGAAAAACGCAAGUCCACUCAAAAAUUUCGCAAAGCAGAAUACAAAUAUAGCUACGUCGAAAAAUACGAUUUCAAAAACAAAAUCACUUCACCAAAGAAGACAUUUCAAAAUGCGAAUCCACGACAUGCACCGAAGUAAAGAAAGUAAAUUAUUUGAGGAAACCUGCGACGGAAUCCUGCAACCGCUGACAACACAUAAAUAUAUCAAAGAAAAUAUUACAUAUGUGAAGACAAGAUCAAGCCACAGGCGGCACUCGUGCAGUUCCGGAUCUAGCACCUUAUCACCAAUCCGUGGCAGAACAGUUUCAGCUGAUUCCGGAUACCACAUGGGCAGUUUUUCUGUCUCAGAUGAAUGCUUUUCGUUGUCCCCACCUUUAUCUCCGGAUGAUAUGAAUUGUUCUGAAGUUUUCUCUUACGAAAAUUCACCAAAGUCCAACAGAUUGGAAGAUUUCCACUACAAAAAAUGUUCAUUUCCGCCUGCCAAGUACAGUCACCGGUCUACGUCAUUGGAAAAGACUAAUUCGGAUUCAAAUUUAUCACCAUAUGUACAAGAGAAUGUCACACAUAGUCACAAGAUGUAUAUUUUACCGGAUUCGUCAAUAAACAAAGACGCCACUGGCAGUGAGAUGGCGUAUGUCAAAGUGAAGUACAAUUGCUGAAAACGACAUCAUCUAACAUCCUUAAACAUCAAAUACUUUUAGCAUUAUUGUUCAAUUAACAUUUAAAAUGUGUGAGGUUCAUAAAUGUGUCAUUUCAAUGCGAAAUAUUUUUACGAUUCAUACCUGCGCAUAUACUAUAAACAAAUGAAUAAAAUUGCACCAAAAUCGUACCCAAAACAUAGCAGUCGAUUGCAUUGCGACCUCAAAAAUUUUUUUUUGAAUAUUUCAGUUUGGAAACAAGUAUCCGAAUUUCAACGAUUCCCAUCCUCUCAGGACAAUACAAUAAACCUUAUUAAUUACCUAGUUGUCAACAACAUUCGAGGUACAUUUAUUAUGCAUAGAAUGUGAUAUUCGAACAGGCCUUAACCUUUUUUAUUCCAUCCUUUACUGUUUAUUUUUGUUCUUUAUUCAGAGGUCAUUUUGUCGACAUUUUCAGUAUGUUAGAUUCUCGAGUAUGAAAAUAAAUGAUGUAGCAUGCAAAUAUUUUCUUUAUGGAAUAACUAGAUGUUGUUGUACUUUGUGAAGACCAAUUUCAUGUUGUUACGUAGCAGAUAUGAAAUUUUAAUGUUUAGAAUUAUCAGUGUAUAUGAUUCAUGAACACAUCAGAUUCAGAAGUAUCGAAUGUUUGUGUUUGCAACCUUCGAGUGUGCCCUAACUAACUAACAACAUAAUUUCAUGAUAUUUUUCGGCGCUCUGCUAUUGCGUUGAGCUGUAUGAUAAGACGUGGAACGAGUGAAAAAUAUUUUGCAAACACGAGAAUACUGCAAUUUACCAUACAGCCAGUUUCAAAUUAGAGCAAGUAUGCGUUGCGGUAUGCAUAAUUUGAUUUUUUUUCUCAUUUCUAGAAGGUACACUGACAGUAAACAGAUUA